AUGGCGUCCUCUCCCGGUGUCGCCGGGUAUCCGGGGUCUCGGCGCUCCAGCAAAAGCAUUGGGAGUGUUGCCUCCAGUGGAGAGAAGGGCCGACUUUCAAAGCUCAAGACAUGUGUCUGUGCGGCGAGCGCGCAGCUUGGCCGAGAGAAGUCGCGCUUGUUGAAACUGGAGCAAAAGUAUGUGCAACGCGCCAAUCGCGUGCUCGAGAGAGAAGAAGUAGUAGAUGACCUUGAUUCUGAGGCAAUGCGCAAAGAGGAAGAACUGGUCGAGCGCCGGGAGCAUUUCAUGCUACAAGAGCUGCACGUGUCCCAAGAACUGGAGGCCUUGCAGCAAAGCACUCGCGAAGCGCAGCAGCUCCAGGCAGUUCUGGCGGAGCGGCAUCAUGAGGUCCUGCGGCAGGAGCGACAGCAGAUGCGGCAGCAGUUGCGCUUGAGCAAGCGCAUGGAACGAGUUGAUGAUACCUCCAGGCACAUCUGUGAGGAACGGCAACGGUGGCAGGACCGUGGCGAGGCCGUGGAGCAGACCGAGCUGCGAUUGCUGGAAGCCGAGACGGAGGCCCUGCGCGGCAAGUUGCCGCUGCGCUGCGAGGCCUUGGAGGAAGCCCGGCGCAACGGAGAGGAGCUGCGGGAAGAGGUUGCAUCGUGGCAAGCAAAGUUGGAACCAAUUCGCCGGGAGCUGCAGAUGAAGGAGGCGGAUCUCGACGAGCGGUGUACCUCUGUGGCACGGCGCAAGGAGGAGUUGGAACUGCGCGAGCAGCGCCUCGCCCAGCGGCGUGUGGAGCUCGAAGAGGCUGCGGAGCGGGCGCCCUUGGCGGCACGGCAGCGAAAGGCUGAGUUGCAGAACCAGCUGGAGGAGUUGUGCGAGGAGGUCGAUCAACGGCAGCAGAUGCUCCAGGACAUCCGUUGCAAGAAGACUGAGAGGAUCAGUACGCUACGAGACGACCUGGCAGCUGCGGAACUGUCGGAGUCCGCGUGGCGCGAGCGCUGCACGUCUCUGGAAACGAGAAAGAAGCAGCUGCUCGAGCAGAUACAACUAGAGGAAAGCCAAGUUCAGGAAAAGGAGAGCGGCCAGUGA